ACAAAGGGUCAAAUGUAAACAAACACUAUUGUUUCUCCCGAGCCUGAACGAAACAGAACAAUUUGUAUUAACAGCCGAGUUUAAUUCAGAGUCACUCAAUCGUAGGCUGGAAGUGAAUGGUAGAGAUUUAAAUGAAGUUAAUCCAGCUCUCUGUUACAUUAGUGAUUUCUGUGGACUGUUUUGGGGAGUUUUACUGAGUGUACGUUUUCUCUGUGGAGGACUUUUCCUUCGAUUCUUGUUAAGAGACAGAACUUCAUGAUAUUUCAGGAUCUGUUCCAGUUUUGCUGAGGACUUUUGACCAGUGCUGUUGAUGUUAUGAAGGUAGCUGCAGAGAGGAUCACAAAGAUGAUCACAAUUUGGAGGCAACUUUUGUGAGAUUCUGUACUAGAGAUUAGAGAGCAGUUUCAAGGAAUGAAGAAUGUGAUACAAACUUUAAAACAGGGAAUUUAUUGUGGAGAGUUCUUACAAAGGGAGAUUACCCUGGUACAUAAAGACACUGCUAGGAUCUGUGAGUGACCCCGUGGUAUUAUGUGGAAGAAGAUCUUUGCCCUGUUCAUAGGAGUCUUGGUAGGGUACUGGCUGAUCGAUGACUUUAACCCAGAUGUACUAAAAGGAAAAAAAGUUGUUGUGACGGGGUCCUCCACAGGAAUAGGUGAACAGAUAGCGUAUCACUACGCGCGUAUGGGGGCCGACGUACUCGUAACAGCACGGAGAGAGAAUAUACUCAAACAGGUCGUGGCUCGCUGUAAAGAUCUCGGUCCGAAGGACGGCAAAUAUUUCUACAAAGCAGCAGAUAUGGUCAACAUGUCGGCAACAAAAGAAGUUAUACAGGAGGCGUACAACAGACUUGGAGGGAUAGACAUACUGGUCCUGAACCACAUACUGCCUAUCCCCCUGGGUAUGUGGGACGGGUCACCACAGAAUCUCUCCCUGACGGAUAAAAUCGUGGAUGUCAACUUCAAGGCUUACGUCCACCUCACCUCUCACGCACUACCUCAUCUUGUGGCUUCUAAUGGCAGCCUCAUAGUGGUCUCUUCACUGGCAGGGAAGAUAGGACAACCCUUCACUGCCGUCUACUCUGCUACUAAAUUUGCUCUGGACGGAUUUUUUGGUGCCCUGCGACAGGAAUUUAAACUCAAGGGAUGUGAGGUCUCCAUCACCCUGUGUGUCAUAGGACUCGUUGGUACAGAGAAUGCAAUUCGUGGUCUUCGAGAUUAUGGCCAACACUUCCUUCUGGCCAAGUUACCAGCGGAAACGCCGAGUGACACCGCCCUGGCGAUAAUAAAAGGUGGUGCCAGGAGACAGAGAGAAAUCUACCACCCUUACAUCAGUAUGAGGGUCAUGACCUUUCUACGUGACUGGAUACCAAACAUUGUAGAGUAUAUAAACAGAUCUAUGUUUACUGUGCCGCCGUAAGACAUGGGUAAACAUAGGAAAUAGAGAAUAGGAUAGAGUCUAACAACAGGGAGGGUGUAAAGUCAGGACCUGACGUCAAAAAGGAAUAAAAUGGCAGCAGAUUGUGAUUUCUGAAAAGCU